GAUUCGUGACUUGAUCUUAAUACUCGUCUAUACUGUGUAAGGGCAGCACAUGCAAGAUUGCAAGAGCUUGGGAGACUGAAAUCAGACCAGGCCCAUCCAAGUCGCAUUUCCAUUUGCGGAGCUUCAUUCUUGCCAAUAGCAAUUGUCAUUGGAGUAUAGUACACUGCGGUUGGCUCCGAGCGGGCGCCGCCGAGACGGGCAAGACUGCCGCCGGGCCGCAGCCUGCUUGACGGGCGAGAAGCUUCUACAUGACCAUCAGAAAGCACUUGUAAAGUAUUGGUGGCGAGGAGGGCUGGCGCGUGCCUCGGUGCCACGCCGGCUGAGUUUCGGACGGCACCCGGCGCCGCGCCACCCCUGCAACUCCAGUAGCGCGGUACAGCCGCAGCUGUAAGGAGCCCCCAGGCGGGUUCCAGCCUGGGCGGCGAGCAGGGCAGUGAUCAGCGCAGGGCGCUUCCGCAGGCCUGGGGCGGUGCCCUUGGGCGCUCUGGGCGCACGCCACGCCUGGGCCCGUGGGGCUGGGCCCAACCAGGCGCCCGCAGCUGAAGGCGGAGCAGCCCCGUACUGUAGCUUAGCGGGCCAGCAGGCCAUUAGGAGGGGGCGCCGCUAGCACCCAAAUCAAGCAGCCCUGCAGCCCACCUAGCUGCCUACCUAGCAGCUGGCUAGCCGCCUUGCCGCAGCACCUCAGCCGCGCCUCAGCCGCACCCCAUGGUGGACGCGGUGGGUUCGCAGCAGGCGCUGCACAAGAUCCUGUUGGCAUGGGACUACUUCGACCUGUGGGGCAAGGUGGACGAGGGCGGCGGCGUGUACGAGGAGCUGCGGCCCGUGCCGCAGACCUUUGCAAACAUAAAGGAGUACGUGUCGGUGAUGGAGCCGUUGCUGCUGGAGGAGUGCUGCGCGCAGAUCAUGCGCGGCGUGGAGGAGGGCGAGGUGAUGACGCCGCACCCCACGGUGGUGGCCAACUCGGAACACCGAGAAGACUUCCUUGUAACGAGGCUGGUGAUGCAGUCGGGUGUGACUGACCUGUACACGGACAACGACCUGGUGCUCAUCUGCAAGGAGAACCCCGAGGCCGAGAACGUGAACACCAGCCUGCACGCCCUGGGCUUCUGUGAGGCGCACGAGGGGCAGCAGGUGCUGCGGAUCAAGUUCUUCCUGUCGCCCGACAGCCAGGCCGGGAACGUCAAGGGCAUGCAGCGCGCCAAGGCCAUGACCACGGGCCUGUGCACGCCCAGCAGCUGCUGGUGGCUGCUGCGGCUGGGCAACAUCAGCACCAUCACGCGCGAGUGGGUGGCGCUGCAGCACGCACACCUCGUGCCCUUCAUGGACAUACUCAUCAGCGCCAAGUCUCGCGCCGCGCCCGCCUCCAAGCACCUGGACAUCCCGCCCGGCAUGAAGGCGGCCAUGGAGCGCGAGUGCAACCCCUCCCAGAUGUCGGCGCUGCAGGCAGGGCUGGACGGCACGCCCGUGGUGCUCAUCCAGGGCCCGCCCGGCACCGGCAAGACGCGCACCAUCCUCAACCUGCUGAGUGUAAUUAUGCACUCAGCCAACAAGUCCAGCAUUGCGCUGCUGCAGGCGUCAGCGGCGGCCGCGGCGGCGUCGGCCGCCGCCGCGGCGGCAGAUGGCGGGCGCGUGACGGGCGUGGCCGCCAUGCUCCCGCUGGACCCGUCCGAGCGCUCCGAGCUGGUGGCGGCGCAGUGCCCCUGGCUGGCGGGGCGGCUGCUGCCGGGCCCCGACGGCGCGGCGGACACGGGCAACGUGCGCGACCGCGUCACGCCCUACGACCCACUGCCGCCCGGGGCAGUCCACGACGACUGCUUCGGCCUGCUGCGGCGGGUGGUGGCCCAGCGCGUGGGCCGCGCCAUGGGCCCCAAGGCGCACGUGCUGGUGUGCGCGCCCUCCAACAGCGCGCUGGACGAGAUCGUGAUGCGCAUUCUGCGCUCGGGCCUGAUGGACAAGGACGGCGCCAACUUCGCGCCCAGCCUGGUGCGGGUGGGAGUGCGGAGCCACCACAGUGUGGCGGCAGUGAGCCUGGACAACAUCGUGGACAGCCGGCUGGGCGGAGCGGGAGGAGACAAGGGCGGCAAGACGGGCGCCCAGGAGCGCGACCGCAUGCGGGUGGCCAUCCUGGACGAGGCCAACAUCGUGUGCUCCACACUGUCCUUCGCGGGCAGCUCCGUGUUCUACAGGCUCAGCCGCAAGUUCGACGUGGUGGUGAUCGACGAGGCGGCGCAGGCCGUGGAGCCGUCCACCCUGGUGCCGCUCACCAUGGGCUGCAAGCAGGUAUACCUGGUGGGUGACCCCGUGCAGCUGCCCGCCACUGUCAUCGCCACACGGGCCGUGGAGCAGGGCUACGACUGCAGCCUGUUCAAGAGGCUGCAGACCGCGGGCUACCCCGUCAAGAUCCUGGACACGCAGUACCGCAUGCACCCCGACAUCAGCGCCUUCCCCUCCGCCGAGUUCUACGACGGCCGACUGCUCAACGGCGAGGGUGUGCUGCAAGAGACGGUCCAGCCCUGGCACAGCCAGCCCGCCUUCGGCCCCUUCGCCUUCUACGACGUGGCGGGCCGCGAGAGCACUCCGCCCGGCGGCGCGUCCAUCAUGAACAAGGCCGAGGCCCACAUGGUGUUGGUGCUGUACCGCGAGUUGGUGCACGCCUACCCGCAGCUGAGGCGGACCGCCAGUGUGGCCGUCAUCUCGCCCUACAAGGCGCAGGUAAAGCUGCUGCGGGACUCGUUCAAGACGGCCCUGGGUGAGGAGGCGGCGCGGCUGGUGGACAUCAACACCAUUGACGGGUUCCAGGGUCGCGAGAAGGACAUUUGCAUCUUCAGCGCGGUGCGCUCGCCGCCCGCCCCCAAGAAGGGCGCUCGGCGCGCCGGCAUCGGCUUCGUGGCCGACGAGCGGCGCAUCAACGUGGGCCUCACGCGCGCGCGAUGCAGCCUCAUCGUGAUCGGCAACGUGCGCGCGCUGCAGGUGGACCCGCACUGGGCCAACCUGAUCCACUCCGCCAUCAGCCGCCGCUGCCUGUACCGGCCCAAGCCGCCCUACGCCGAGUGGAUGGGCGGCGUGCUGGCGGGCGGCGUGAGCGGGCUGGUGGAGCCCACGCCGGCCGAGAUGGCGGCGCUGGAAAAGGUGCGCUCCCGCGCCGCCAAGAAGGCGGCGGCCGCGGGCGCCAAGGCGGGCGAGUACGCGGCGCUGGAUGCCAAGGGCGUGCUGGCAGACGACGAGGAGGCAGACAACGCGGAGGGCGGGGGAGGAGGAGGAGGAGGCGGACUGGAGGAUCCGGGCGUGGACGAGGGCAACGGCGGAGUGGCGGCCGAGGAGGAGGAGGAGGAAGAGAAGCCGCAGACGUUGGAGGCGGCCCAGGCCGUCACCGCGGACCUACUGGCGGCGGCGGCGGCGGCGGCAUCAGCGCCCGCCCACGCCGACGGCGACGGUGAUGGCGACAGUGGUGCCAAGCGCAAGGCGGCUGGGGGCAAGGCGGCCGGGGGCAAGCGCGCACGGGCAUGAGGGGGCCCGGCUUGUAGCUGGGCUGCAGGCAGCACGUUAUGGCGUGCGUGGAUUGGGGUAGCGGCCGAGUGAGUGCGCGUGUGCACGUUGGCGCACUGUUGGGCGGCUGCAUCUGAUGCUGUCUCCCCGCGUGCGGAUGCACUGCGGGUCAGCUGCGCCGUGUGAGUGUGUGUGUGUAUGUGUGUGUGUGUGUGUGUGUGUGUGUGUGUGUGUGUGUGUGUGUGUGUGUGUGUGUGUGUGUGUGUGUGUGUGUGUGUGUGUGUGUGUGUGUGUGUGUGUGUGUGUGUGGCGAUGUGGGGGGUGUACGAGAGUGUGCGCUGGGGAGUGUGCUGCACUGCACUGCAUGCUGCCGGACCACGAGGAUGUGGGGAUGGAUGCAUUGAAGGCGCUGAGGAGCGGGAGGUCGAUGGCCCGAGAGAAGCUGCUGAGAGUCUAGGCGUCGCUGCGAGAUGCAGCGGCUGCGAGGACAGCAGGAGUGGCGCAUUAUGUUCGUUCGUGUAGGUGCUGGCAACUGUGCUGUAUAUCUUGCGAGAGGUGUGCCAGCAGCACAACAGCACAUGUGCAGGCUUGGGGUCUUGACAGGUGGAAGCUGGUCGCAUGUGUCAAGCGUGACCGCCGCAUGACUGUGUGGGACUCGGACCGGCAGGGCCAUUGAGUGUGGCCUUGCCGCUCACACAGACACAACUCGAAGUCUGUAAUAGAUGCGACGUACGCAUGACAGUGAAGCAAGCGUCCGAGGCGCAAACUAAACACAUUGCUUCGGCGUGUGGGGACGCGGCGUUGGUGAGAGCCACGGACGGCCCUAGUACCGUGGGCCCGUGGGCAUGUCGCAACCGUGGAGGGCACUGUAAGACA